GACACCCGGUGAUGUUGCAGAUAGUAAAUUCUGAGAGAGGAGGGGAGGGUGGUAGAUGGAAAGGAGGGGUCUGCUAGCUAAACGUUAAUUAGCUCGACACUCUGCAAGGGCAUGCAGUAGGUUUCUGUGGAGGGUCAGUGCUGGAUGGGACCGAACCUUUCCUAAGACACUCUUCUGCUGCUUUCUGCAAUCAUCUAGACUGCAGAGAGGCUUAGAUGAAUGGUGAUACAUUGGUCGCGAUCAGCUUCUCUUCCUGGAGCCGGUUAAUGGUUUGAGCUGAGGGGCUUUUCUGGCACAGGGAAUUAUCACAAGGCAGCAUCACCAUGACACUGUUGGGGUCUGAGCAUUCAAUGCUGAUUCGGAGCAAAUUCAGAUCAGGUAGGACUAACACAGCAAGCCUUUCUCUUAAUACUUUCCUCUCUGGCAAGCCUCGGUUGGAGGCUGUUUCUCAUUAAACAGCAUGCAAGUAAAAUAACCAGGGACUCAUAAAGCUGUCAUGGGCUUGUUCUCACGGAGGCUACUCUGAAAAUGAAGAAAUGCAUUUUCCUUUCUGUCUGCUCCCUCACUUUCUGCUCUUUCACUACCUGCCCUUGCUUAACAUUUAUGCCUGUGAUCUAGCCUUUUCCUUUAGAAAUCCCUCUGCAGUUCUGAGCUAUCCUAAUGUAUAUAUAAAAAUGAGAAAGGGAGACCACUGGAUUAGAAAUCCAGAAGGGUUGUUGUGACAUUCAGUCUGUCUCCUCCCAUCAGCACGCGUCAGGUACUGUUCUGUAGAUGCUGGCCUUGAUGCUUCCCUCCAGCAUCCAGAGAGCCAACUUGGUUCCUUUUGGGUUGUGACUAAUUGGACAAACAUGAAUUUGCAGAAAGGCAUCAAUUUUUUUAGAAGUACAAAUAACAAAUGGAACAUGCAAAAUAUUUAAAAUGACAUCACCAGAGAAAUAAAGCUACAGCCAAACGACCGAUUGCCCUUUUCUGAAGCUGUGCAAAAAAACCCCCAAACAAAACAAAAACCUGUAUACCAGAUCUCCAGAGAGGGCUGAAGCCCCAUUGCGGGCUUCUACUUCUUUGAGGACUUCCAGCAUAACUAAAGUUUUACAGUUGCGGCUGCAGCAGCGAAGAAGCCGAGAGCAGCUCACCAACCAGCGAAUCAUGCCACAUGGGGAAACUGAGAGUGAAAGAGAUAACACCUUGCCCAAGGCCACCCACACUGAAAAGCUCCUCUCCCUUCCAUGAGCAAAAGAAGAGUUUGGAGAGAGCCAAGACUGAAGAGUAUUUAAAGCACAAGAUCCGCAACAGACCUGAGCAGGCCGAACUAAGUGAUAUGCAUAUUUUAAAGGAUUCAGCUACAGAAGAAUCCAUUCAAGCUACUCAGAUGAAACUGAAAAGAGCCCGUCUUGCAGACAAUUUGAAUGAAAAGAUUGCUCUUCGGCCAGGUCCUCUGGAGCUGGUGGAGAAGAAUAUCAUUCCUGUUGACUCAGCUGUGAAGGAGGCCAUCAAAGGUACUCAGACAAACUAUUCUAAAUCUUCAGAUGCCUUUGCAUUUGAAGAAGACAGCAGCAAUGAUGGGAUGUCUCCAGAGCAGGUCAGAAGUGAGGAUUCCCAGGGAUCCACAGAAUCACCAGCAGGAACCAAAAUUUCAGAAGCAGCAUUCCCAUCCAUGACCGGAUCAGCUCAGGGGCGUUCCCGUGGCUCUGAAAAUGACCCUGCUGAUUUAACAGCUCUGCAGAAUAGCCAGCCAGAAAGUCCGAAACAGCUAAAUGGGCAGCAGACGCCUCCUGUUGCUAUGACCACAUCUGCAAAGUCAAAAUCGUCAAGUGAUAAUAAGAAUCGGCACAAGAAGCCCAAGGAGAUGAAGCCCAAAGUGAAGAAGCUUAAAUACCACCAGUACAUUCCUCCAGACCAGAAAGCGGAGAAGUCACCUCCUCCCAUGGACUCAGCCUACGCCAGGCUCUUGCAGCAGCAGCAGCUUUUCCUGCAGCUCCAGAUCCUCAGCCAGCAACAGCAGCACAGGCAUCCGCAGCAUUUCAACUACCCUGGAUCACAUUCCUCUCAGCUGAAACAAUCAAAUGAGCAAAUGGCCAAAACCUCAAGCUCUUCCCCAACAGCAACCAACAAUCCUCUUUCUCCUGUGAAGGGAACCUUUUCAGGACAAUCCUGCAUUUCUUCUCUUAAACCAGCACCUCUGCCCUCCAAUCUGGAUGAUUUAAAAGUCUCAGAACUCAGACAGCAGCUCCGAAUAAGGGGCCUUCCUGUGUCAGGUACAAAAACAGCCUUGAUGGAGCGCCUGCGGCCCUUCCAGGAGUGCAGUGGGGGCUCAGUGCCUAAUUUCAGUGAAAUAACUACAGUCACCUUCCCAGUGACUCCCACAAGCUCUCUCUCCAGCUAUCAGUCCCAGUCCUCAGCCAGUCUGUUAUCGAAUGGCUUUUACCACUUUGGGAGCACCAGUUCUACUCCACCCAUCUCCCCAGCUUCCUCUGACCUGUCAGUGAAUGGGUCCUUGCCAGACAGUUUCAAUGAAGGACCAAUGGCUUCCCCCCCAUUUGUCUUGCACCCUUCUCCUGUGCAAGGUGGGUGUGAGGAGAGCCUUAUGGGAAGCACUAACGGACCUGGCAUCCAGUUGGAUGUGGAAAGGGUUGAUACGGAGAAAGACAAGAUGCUUGUGGAGAAACAGAAGGUCAUCAAUGAGCUAACCUGGAAGUUGCAGCAAGAGCAGAGGCAAGUGGAAGAAUUGAGAAUGCAGCUGCAGAAGCGUAAAAGAAGCCAUGGAUUGGAGGAGAAGCAGAACUCAUCACAUUUCUUUGCCUUCCCAAUAAAGCAAGAAAACGCAGCGUCCAGCUGUCCAUUUGCCACCAAGCAAGCUGCUUUGAAAGGCCAGGUCAGCAACUCAAACCUCCUGAGCAACUGUGGGACCCCUCAGCUGCCCUGCCGUGUAAAUAGCCACUGCAUGGAAUCUUCAGGACCGAAUGGAAUCCUGUCCUCCACAUUCCUGAGCCCCCAGUGCUCUCCCCAGCAUUCUCCCUUGGAGCCAGCCAAGAGUCCGCAACACAUCAGCCUGCCACCCUCCCCAAACAGCCACUAUCUCCUCUCAGUCUCUCCUGGCACUCAGGGAGAAGGGCGUGGCUCUCCACAGCCCAGCAGCCAUCUGUGCACAGCUCCGGUGCCGCCACAAGGAGGCCAGAAGUAUUCCGUUCUGUCCUCUAGCUUUUGCAAGUCGAAUACUGCCCUCCCAGAGGGAAAGCAGCCACCGCCCUAUGCUGAUGCUGUGAAACAGCAGAUGACCCGUAGCCAGCAGAUGGAUGAGCUCUUGGACGUGCUUAUUGAAACUGGAGAAAUGCCUGCAAAUGCCAAAGAGGAGCGUGCUUGUCUUCCAAAAGUGCCUCAGAUCACAGUGUCUUCGGGGACAUCUGGAACAUCUUCACUCCUAAAGGCAUCGACUUCCUUUGAGCAAGGCCCCUCAAGCCAGCUCUCCUUCGAACAUUGCCCUAGCAGCAAUGAUAGUCAUCUGGAAGUCUUGUUGAAUUCACACAGCUCCAUGGGGCGAUCAAAUGAUAUCACCCUCCUGAAGGUGGGUGGUGAGGAGCCUCACUUCGAAGGGGUGAUGGAAGGGUUUUCUAGCAAAGCUGCAGAUGAACUUCUGGCACCUCAUGAAAUCCUUCCAAACCCUCUCUCCCCCAUGGAAGCCCAGCUGUCUCCCUCGUCUGGUGAAGGAUCUGGUUUGCACAUGAGUUUCACAGAGUCUCCGUGGGAAACAAUGGAAUGGCUGGACCUCACUCCACCCAGCUCAGCCAAUGGUUUUGGGUCCCUCACCACCACAGGGCCCAGCCUCUUCAACAUUGAUUUCUUAGAUGUUACUGAUCUCAACUUGAACAGCACCAUGGAUCUGCACUUACAACAGUGGUGAAUACAGUCAGCUAUGAUCGGGAAGGCAAUCAACUACAAACAGUAUUCAUGUAAGGGUUGAAUUACUAUGUUAGAUAGUACUGAUGUCGUCCAAGGAGAUGGAACUGGAGACGCCUCUCCUAGACCUGUAUCUUUCUGUUACCAGUGGAAACACCAAAGAAUUACUGCUUACCCAACUAAUCCUCCACCCUCGUGUGAAACCUUUCUUCAACACUUCCUCUUCAGUAGAAUUAAAUCCUCAGGAAGCUUAGCUUUGUAGUUCCUAAACAUUUUCCAAGAAAGACUCCCUUUGCAGUGGAACUGCAUUUGGUACAUGCCUAUCAGUACUAUCCCUAGCAUAUCAUAGUCUUACCAGGUUGUUGUGCUAAAACAUACCUGCUACCUGCUAUGGGCAAACAUUUCAUUUACGUGGUAUUCACAAUACAGUACAUUGACUGGUUGAUGCUGCCCUCCGUAAUCAACAGAUACACACAAUCCGUUUAUUGUUUUAAGAAGGUAAGCUUGCCAGGAAGUGUCAUCAGGUCAGUAACUUGCAAGCUACUUCUAGUUGUUGACAGUUCAAAUAAGCUUCAAGGGUAAGCAACAUGUGGCGCACAGGCCAUAUGGUGCAGCCCAUAGCACUGCCAUAGAAAUACUAUGGGCUGCAUCAGCCCCUGCCAUCAGCGUACAAACUGUUGAAAAUGCAGCAGCCUCCUGUUUCCUUCCCUUCCGGUUGCCUCUGGAAGGAAAGUGAAUAUGUGUGCCAUGUGCCUUGCGGUGCAGGAUAUUCUGGCAGUCUCCUGCGCUACAGAGGGCUGCUACCAUUGCCAUCCAAUUUCUAUGGCAGCUUCAGGAGUGGCAGUAAAUCUCGCAGCAGUGCAGCCCCACCUUCAUUCUGACGAGUUUGAAUGUGGCUCUCUGAGCACAGACGGUUGUGGUGCCUGUCCUGGGAUUUCAACAAACAACACUUCCUGACCCUUCUCUUGUCUCAUCAGUUUUAAAAGCAUCUCCAACAGAAUUGAAACAAAGUGCCUUCCCCCUCCCCCCCCCAAUGGAUACUCAGCUUGGAAAGAAAUCUGUCAUACAAAUGAAGCAAGUAUUGAAAUAAGUAGGUUGAGAGCAGGGUUCCUGUGGCCCUCAUCAAUUUUCUUUUUUACAGGUACAUUCCUCCUUUAUUUAUUUAUUUUAUUAAAUUAAAAGGUCUAUAAACAUAUAAUGAUAUACAUGUAAAUCUAGAGCAUUUUAACACAAUUGAAUAAUUCAUCUUUCGUUUAAUUCAAUCACUUUGUUAAUUUUUUUUUCAUAUUUGAAAUAUUAAUAUUGUCCAUGAAUGUGUGUAUACAAAAUUUUAAAAUUCAAGUCAGGUCACCAAUAACAAAUUUAUAACAGCCAUUGUAAAUAUAAAGAUGCCACCUCAUGUAAAAGUUUAAUACAGAGCUUGGAAACCUAGUGAAAGAUUGAUAUUUGAAAUGCUUUUAAUUGAGAUCCAGAAAUUCCUCAAAGAAAUUCCACAGGUGUAAAAUAUAGCUACAUUUUUCAAUCAUACUGCCAACGACAGUAUGAGGGGUUACAUUUUUGCCAGCUUACAAGAUCUUUAAUACAAUUUCCUCCCUGGUUUAAAUAAAUAAAACUUGUGGGAGCAGAAAAGCAUUUCCACUUGAAUAAGGCAGCCCUGUUCCCCUGAUUUCUGCAUCUCCUGCAGGCCGCCCUACCUUAUCCAUCCUCAUUCCAGAGUCUGUCCCUGAAUUUGAGCAGGAGCAUCUCUGGAUGCACCAAAGUAGUGUACUCAUUGUCGAUUAUGUGCCAGUGGAAUCCAACCCUUUUCCUUCUUGUGCAACAUUAAGCCACUGUUUAAGAAAUUGAUAUACUCAUAUAUGAACAUGUGCUGAAAUUUUCUUACAGGUAGAGACAGUGGGAGUUAUGCAGACAGCUGAGGUGGACUAUCUUGUCCCUGACCACAUACAUGUGCUGCUGUUGAACAACUGGAAAAUCUAAUAGACCUUCAUAGUGCACUGUUUUCCUUCAUUAACGGCACACUGGAUUUAGACUUAAGUCGAAAUUGUAUUUUGUUGAGAGCUAUAUCCAGCUUUUCAGAUCAUUUAUUUGCUUAGCUAGUCCAUAAACUCAGUUGUAGCUAUAUAAAUCUCUACUUCAGUUUCCAACUCUUAUUCUUUCCAUGUUCUCCUCCCCUCAUGGAGAAUCUUAUAUGAAAUCUCCUCUCUAUUUCCAAGUCUGCCUGUAACAUUACAGAUGUAGUAUUUUGAAAAGAUCUGAAUUCAUCUGUAAAUCUUUUCUUUUGUAUCUUUCCCUUGUCUUUUCAAUUUGUCUCCUAAUUCAUGACCUACAGUUCUAUAAAAGAAAAAAAUUAGAUUUUUGUCUGGGUUUUAUCCAUUAGAAAAGGGAAAUAAUUUCCUUUUAUUUUAAUUCCUUUCCAGAAUGCUACUUAAAUAUCUACCAAUAGAUAUAAUAAUUUAUUUUAACCAUUUGGUGUCUUAGUAACCUAGCAUACUGCUUUAAAUAUUAGUAAAUUCAUACGUUUAAAAAAAAAACCUAGAAAGCAUGCAUUUAAAAAUAUGCAUAUAAAAAGCAAUCAUGGGUAAUACAAGAAAUUAUGAUUUUAUGAAAUUCCUAUUAAAGAGGAUCAGUUGAUUAAGAAACAGCUAAAGUCUGAUGUGCUGUUGGUUGGUGUCCACCUGCACAACAGGAAUGAUGUCAUUUGCAACAGUAAAGUUGCCACUGAUUAAAGAAUUCCUGUUGUGAUUUUGUCACAUUACUUACAGGCCAUACAUAGCCUCAAAUUGCAAAACUCCUUUAAUCAAUAGCCCUCUGUUGCUGCUGAAGGUAUCAUUCCCAUUGUGCAGAUGGAACUGCACAGUAGAAUUUAGCCACUGAACAGUGUGUGACAGAUAAGUGGGUAACUUAUUGAACAAAUACUGAAAGGGGGGGAGAGAGAGAGACCAAAAAUAUAUGACAGUGAUUUCCAGGUACUUUAACUGAAUCCUUCUCUUGGCUUAUCUUCCUGGGUAACUCUUAACGUUUUCUUCUCUACAUGAAAUCCAUUCAGCCAAGAAGUGUGCCACCUCAAGUAGCCAGUGGAGAAUAAUAAUUCAUUAUCUUGCACCUCUUUUUUAAAGUCUGUAAUUCAGUGCAGGUAUGGUAAUUAACUCCCAAGGCUCCUCCAGGGUUCAUCAAGUGCCUUAAUGUGUUGCCUGAAACUAAAUGAUGGUUUAAAUACAGCUGGUUUGUCUCUAACCCCCAACCCCAAAAUACAUAGUAACGUAAAACUCAGGAUAACAUGUUUAUUUUAAAAUAAUCCCCAAUUGUUUGAAAACUAAACCAUCUACUGACACUCCUUCCUGCCAAAAAUGCCAUGAGUCAGACUGAAAACAUCUCAAGAAUAACUCACAUAUUAUGACUGUCUCUCACAAUUUUUAAAGUAAAUAUAACCAUUUGAAACUGCCAUUCAUGCACUCUGUUCCUGUGAAUUUCUGUACAUAAGCAAGGCUGUGGCCCAAGCGAUACUUCUGCGAUUCGUUUUGCAGGAGCAGGGGAAUGUGGACCAAGUGAACUAACAGAAAAAGAAAGCACUUCAUUGCUGGAGCUUUGGAAUCAAAAGACUUACUGAGCAGCUGCCACAGAUGAGGUAUCCAUGUAAAGGUUUAGUUCUUACUCUGAGUAAAAGUAUUUAUUAUAAAAAACAACUGUAGGCUUAUUUAUUGCAAUCUGAACAGCCUCAUAGGACAAUGUAACCAAGCCCAUACUAUGCACUUCUUUCUCAGAAUGGUCCACACUGAGUGCCUCUCCCAACCAUGCUAACUACCUCUACUGCUGUCUUUGCAGCCUGAAAGCUACUGCAAGGCAGCUGUGGUCAAUCUAAUAAGAAACAGACAGCUACUUGUGCACCAUCAGGCCAAAGAGG